UCUCGAGCGGCCUGCUCGCCCUACCUCUAACCCCUAGAAUACACUUCUGCAUAGCAAAUCUAUGAGCCGAUUUAGGGUUGGCACUGGCGGUGAGAUUUCGCUAGGAGAGGAGUUCCCAGGUCUGCCUCCGCUAUCGGUCCUCGAACACUUGCGCUGGAUUGCAGAUGUCAGGCCACGGACAUUGCGUGCAGCGGUUGGUUUCUAGGUAUCUGGCCAACACUGCACGUGAAAGAGGUUUGCAUCUGUUUUGCCUUGUGCCUCCCCUCCUCGACCGCCGGACGGGCUCUUGCAUCACAAUCGAUCCUCAAAAGCCGACCUCGACUACGGAUCGACCGCCUCUGUCAAGCAUCUGACGGCACUGGCAAGCCAUCUAGCAACUCUAUUUCGUUUAGACCUGUCGACAUCAGCCCGGCGAAUCUCGACGACAAGUCAAUUUGUACCCUGUCUUGUAAUGGACACCAGCGUGCUUUUCAACAACA